AUGAACAUGUCUCAGAUUUUGACUGAGCGACAACAGCUUGAACUUAACAAGGCAAUACUUCAAUACUUGAAGCCGAUUUGUGCAUCCUCGGGAACUGAGUCGACAUACAUUGAGUUAUCAAAGUUGCUUAGUCCACAAUCGUUCACUCACACUCUUGACAAGAACGAGGAUAUAGUAGACCAAUAUUUAGAAAAGAAAUGGUCGUCAGUGUUGCGACUACAAAAGAAGAUACUUGAUCUUGAGAAUGAGAUUGCUAAUAUUAGAAGCCUAAUAGAUUUGGACAACCUUGCACAGAACCAGCCGAUAGCACACAGUAAAGAUAGAAUCAACUGGUUACCAAUGACACCGCGCUAUACGUUUGAGACCCAAUCCAUUGUCAACACAGUUCAACUACACCCUGUACUACCGUUGGUAUUUUGUGGAUGUGCUGAUGGAUCGAUCUACAUUUGGAAUUUUGCAUCUGACGAAAAUACACUCCCUGAAAAAAUCAUUAAAGCACACACGAGAAGCGUCAAUCGGAUUGCGUUUUCUUGGACACCAACAAAAGUUGAUGAUGAUAGUAAUGAGAAAUCGUACAUUUUUGCUACGUGUUCUUCUGAUUUGACAAUUAAACUUUACAAUGCAACUACGUAUCAGCAUUUACGUACGCUAAGAGGUCAUGACCACACCAUAUCGUCUAUACUGUUUUCACCUAGCAAAGACCUCCUUUUCAGUGUUUCAAGAGACAAGAGUACAAAAGUGUGGAACGUCAAGGAGGGAACAUGCAUAAAAAGUUUUGUGGGACAUAGUGAUUGGGUUAGAAACAUAGACGUCAGUACCGGAGACUAUGGGGACUUUCUAGUGACUUGCUCAAAUGAUCAAAGUGCGAGGUUAAGUCAUGGACAAUCGGGAACAGGCAUUGCAAUGAUGAUUGGCCAUUCGCAUGUAAUCGAGGCUGUCAAAUUCCUUCCAAAAGUAUCAAACUCCAUAAUUGAUCAGUAUGUGUCUGAGAAUACCGACUUGUUCCCAAACUUACCCCGAGAUUUGAUUAAGGAUGAGGUUUACAACAAGUUGGGCUUUAAAUAUUGUAUUACUUCGAGUAGAGAUAAUACCAUCAAAUUAUGGCUCCUACCGCCUCCAGUAAUUAUACCAGGCCGCCCACCACUCCCGUCGAGGCAUAAUCAUUCACAAGCUUGGCUCGUAGCAAACAUGGUAGGCCAUCUGUCUUGGGUCAAAACGUUACAGGUACAUCCCAAUGGCAAGUACAUAUUCAGUGGGAGCGAUGAUAAGACAAUCAAAAUAUGGGACUUAUCAGGGUUAAACUUGGCAGGCAAAGUUGGGGUAAUAAGGUCUUUACCAGGGCAUGAAGGAUUUCUCACUGAUUUGGGCUUUGCUCGGCUUAGCCAGAAAAAAAAUCAAGCAAAACCAUUGGAAAACGAAGAAGAUCUUUUGAAGGAGAUUGUAAUUAGAAUGCGAUGUAUCUUUGUAAGUUGUGCUACUGACAACCUCAUUAAGAUCUGGAAGUGA